AUGAUUGGUUGCCUUGUCUUUCAGUCAAUGUGUCGGACCAAUCGUGGCACAGUGGGCGGGUACUUCCUGGCAGGAAGGAGCAUGAUAUGGUGGCCUGUGGGAGCCUCUCUGUUUGCCAGUAAUAUUGGAAGUGGGCACUUCGUGGGACUCGCUGGCACCGGGGCGGCCAAUGGCAUUGCGGUGGGAGGCUUCGAGUGGAAUGCUUUGUUCAUCGUGCUUCUUCUCGGCUGGGUGUUCGUCCCGGUCUACCUCACUGCUGGGGUGAUCACCAUGCCGCAGUACCUGAGGAAGCGUUUUGGUGGAAGCAGGAUACGACUAUAUCUCUCCAUCAUCUCUUUGUUCCUCUACAUUUUCACCAAGGUGUCUGUGGACAUGUUCUCAGGUGCGGUGUUUAUCCAGCAGGCCCUCGGCUGGAACAUCUACGUGGCCGUCAUCGCUCUCCUGUCCAUCACCGCUCUCUACACAGUCACAGGUGGCCUUGCAGCCCUCAUGUACACCGACACCGUCCAGACGCUGGUCAUGAUCGCUGGAGCUUUUGUGCUUAUGGGAUUCUCCUUCAAUGAAGUCGGUGGGUACGACGGCCUCUUUGACACGUACAUGCAAGCCACACCGAGCCUCAUCGAGUCCCCACGGCCCGAGGAGUACAACAUCUCCGCGCAGUGCUACACCCCCCGUCCCGACGCCUACAACCUUCUGAGGAGUCCCAUCACGGGGGACCUGCCCUGGCCGGGCGUCAUCUUUGGCAUUGCUGUUGUCGGCUGCUGGUACUGGUGCAGUGAUCAGGUCAUUGUUCAACGGUGUCUGGCUGCCAAGAACCUCACACACGUCAAGGCUGGCUGCAUCCUGUGCGGGUAUCUCAAACUGCUUCCGAUGUUCCUGAUGGUGUUCCCUGGAAUGAUCAGCCGGGUCCUGUAUCCUGAUGAAGUGGCUUGUGUUGUGCCCGAAAAGUGCGAGGAAAUCUGUGGCACAAAAGUGGGCUGUUCCAACAUCGCCUACCCUAAGCUGGUGGUCACCCUCAUGCCAAAUGGCCUUCGAGGGAUGAUGCUGGCUGUGAUGCUGGCCGCCCUGAUGAGUUCAUUGGCCUCCAUCUUCAACAGCAGCAGUACUCUCUUCACUAUGGAUAUUUGGACCAAGAUUCGCCCUCAGGCCCGGGACCGUGAGCUUAUGAUUGUGGGAAGGGUCUGGGUUUUGUGCAUUGUAGCCGUGAGUAUCGCCUGGAUUCCUGUGGUUCAGGCAGCUCAGAGCGGGCAGCUCUUUGACUACAUCCAGUCCGUCACCAGCUACCUUGCGCCACCCAUAGCCUCCGUUUUCCUCCUGGCAGUCUUUGUGAAGAGGGUGAAUGAGCCAGGUGCAUUCUGGGGGCUGAUUGGUGGGCUGCUCAUUGGACUGGCCCGGAUGAUUCCAGAGUUCACCUAUGGGACAGGAAGCUGUCUUUUCCCAUCUGCUUGCCCCAGCAUUAUCUGUGGUGUCCACUAUCUGUAUUUUGCCAUCAUCCUCUUCUUUAUAACUGCUGUCUUUGUGCUCAUCAUUAGUUACUGCACACCGGAGAUUGAAGAGAGACACCUCCACCGUCUAGUCUUCAGUCUGAGGAACAGCAAAGAGCCACGAGAUGAUUUAGAUGCCGAGGAAGAGGAGCACAUGAGGAAAGCUCGCAGAGAAGCAGCAGAGAAUGGCACUGUGAGAAACCAGAUGGAGUUGGAAGAGAUAAAGUCCUCGUCAUCUCCACUGCGGCGCUGUUUCAGCUGGUUCUGUGGAGUCGACUCAUCUCAAGCCCCCGAGCCUACGGAGGAGGAAAUGGCUGCCGCAUCAAAGCAGCUGACCGAUAUCAGUGAGGACCCCCUGUGGAAAAACAUCGUCAAUGCUAAUGCGCUUGUUAUGAUGACUGUGGCUGUUUUCCUCUGGGCUCACUAUGCCUGAGAAGAUGCCGGUACGCCUGACCACUGGAGCCUGGAGUCACUUUUAAUGCUCCACCAUGCGGGGCACCCAUCAUGGGUGAGAAUGCAAUGAAGCAUCAGACGCCACAUUUAGAAAACCAGAUGAUUAGAGACUGGUGUCCUGGGGUCCACUCCAGCGAAGCUGUUUGAAGGUGUGUGUGGUGAAACAAUUGAAGCUUUGUUACAUCGAGGACCUACUGAUAUGAAUAAAGAACCCAUGUCUGCUGUCAA